ACUAUAAUGAAUUAUGAAGUAACUUAUUCUGUAUAUGAUAAUGGAACCCAAUUGGAAAUAUUUUUAGCUAUUUCACAUGAAUAACUUGAUCUCGUUGUUUUGAGGAGAUGAUAAAGCUGAUUGAUGAGGGUAGCGUGGUUGAUGUUGUCUACAUGGAUUUUAAUCAGGCGUUUUAUAAGGUUCCCCAUGGUAGGCUGAUCCAGAAGAUUAAUAUGCACAAGAUUAGCAGUGACUUGGUUGUAUGGAUUCAGAACGAAUUACUGAUAGAUGUCAGACGGUUGUGGUGGAAGAACAGUAUUCAGGCUGGAGAUUUUGUUUAGCUUUGUUUACUUUAGAGAUAAACUUGGAAACUGGCCCUUCGUCCUACUAGGUCCGUGCUGACCAGCGAUCAUCAUACACUAGUUCUGUCCUACAAACUAGAGACAAUUUACAGAAGCCAAUAACAUACAAACCCGCACGUCUUUGGAAUGUGGGAAAAAACCCACGCGGUCACAGGGAGACUCCAUGUAGACAGCAGCCAAGGUCAGGAUCAAACCGGAGUCUCUGGCACUGAACGGCAACAACUCUACUGCUGUGCCGCACCUGUGUCACCCCUAGCAUAUGCUCCACUGGUCACCUGAAUAUUGUCCUUAUAGUUGGUUAGUAAGUUUGAAGAAGAUACCGCUGGGGUUAUGGACUGUGAAGCACGUUGACAAAGUAUACAGCGCGAUACAGAUGCAGAAAUGGGCAGAGAAAUGGCAGAUGAAGUUUAAUCUGAGCAAGUGUGAGGUGUUGCUCUUUGGGAGGUCAAAUGUAAGGGGAAAAUAUACAAUGAACGGCAUGACCCAAAACAGUAUUGAUGUGCAGAGGGAUCUUGGAGGACCAAGUUCAUCAUUUGUUGAAAGUGGCAACACAAGUAGAUGGAGUGGUAAAGAAAGCAUAUAGUGUGCUUUAACAGCAUAUAGGUCGUGGCAUUGAGUAUGAGGAAAUAAGUCAUGAUGCAACUUUACAGGACUGUGGAUAGGCUGCAUUUAGAGUAUUGUGUGCUGUAAAUUACCCCUUAGUGUGAGGUAACAGCAAAUUUAAUUAUUCUUCCAUUGGAGUUUUAAAAGAAUUGCAGGGGUAUAAAGAAAUGAAAGAAGGAAUAAAGCUAAUGAAAUUACCCCCUUCCCCCCUUUGCAGCAAGGAUAUGGAGGCCUUGUUAAGGGUGCUGAGAAGGGGUAGACAUGGAUUGGUUUUUCUGGAAUUGAUUCUGGACCAGAGAUUGCGGGGAGACCUGAAAGAAACAUAUUAAAUUAUGAGGCAUAGAUAGGGUAGACUGUCAGAACCUUUUUUCCCAGUGGAAAAAUCAUAAAAGGGUGAGAGGGACAAAGUUUAAAGAAGAUGCACUGAGCAAGCUUUUUUACCAAGAGAAUGGGAGUGCCUGGAACAUGAUGCUGAGGUGUCUAAUAUAAUGUGUCUAAUAUAUUUUGGAGUAAUUUGUUAAAAAUGUUUAGUUUCUUAAUAUUUUUGCUAAUAAUGAUUUUUACAUUAGCAUUUUUUUACUUUGAGUGUAAAUUUGUAUUGUGCCGUUAAAUUUGUUGGUAGUCCUAAACUUGGAAAAGAUCCUUACCACGUUUGACAGUAGCAUUCUUCCUAUUACUAGUGCGAGGCCUGAAAUAACUCACAUUUUCAUUCAGUAUAAGUAAUAUGCCCUACCCAAAUUGCUUGAAUUAUUGCAGUAGUUUAAAUUAAUAAAUUUGAAUGAAUGCUGUAUACUGAACUGUCAUUUACUUUUGAUUUGUAUCUUUAUACAACUCACCAGGUGGUCUGCAUAAAUAAUAUAAACUUUCAGAGGAAGUCUGUCAUAGGAUAUGUGGAGUUGACCAUUUUCCCAUUAGUUGCAAACCUCAGUAGAAUUAAACUGAAUAGCAAGCAAUGUCGGAUUUACAGAGUAAGAAUAAAUGAUUUGGAAGCUGCUUUCAUUUACAAUGAUCCAACUUUGGAGGUCUGCCACCACGAAUCAAAGCAGCGAAAUCUUAAUUACUUUUCCAAUGCCUAUGCAGCAGCAGUCAGUGCGGUUGACCCUGACACUGGAAAUGGAGAGCUGUGUAUUAAGGUUCCAUCUGAACUGUGGAAACAUGCUGAUGAGAUGAAAGUUAUGAAAGUAUAUAUUGAAUUCUCCUUGGACCAGCCAAAAGGAGGGCUUCAUUUUGUUGUGCCCAAUGUAGAAGGUAGCAUGGCUGAGCGAGGUGCACAUGUCUUUUCCUUUGGAUAUGAAAACUCUACCAGGUUUUGGUUUCCUUGUGUGGACUCUUUCUCUGAACUAUGCACAUGGAAGUUGGAGUUCACAGUUGAUGCUGCUAUGGUAGCGGUUUCCAAUGGAGAUUUGGUGGAGUCUGUUUACACCCAUGACAUGAGAAAAAAAACUUUUCAUUACAUGUUAACGAUUCCAACAGCUGCCCCGAACAUUUCACUGACUGUUGGCCCCUUUGAAAUACUGGUUGAUCCUUACAUGCAUGAAGUAACACAUUUCUGCCUACCCCAAUUGUUGCCACUCCUGAAACACACCACGUCCUUUCUUCAUGAGAUUUUUGAGUUUUAUGAAGAGAUUCUGACCUGCAGAUAUCCCUAUGCCUAUUAUAAGACUGUAUUUGUUGAUGAAGCCUAUGUAGAAGUAGCUUCAUAUGCAUCGAUGAGUAUUUUAAGCACAAACAUCCUGCACAGUGCCAUGAUUAUAGAUCAGACGCCACUUACCAGACGGUGUUUAGCACAAGCUCUCGCUCAGCAGUUUUUUGGCUGCUUCAUUUCCAGAAUGUCUUGGUCAGAUGAAUGGGUGUUGAAAGGAAUCUCUGGGUAUAUAUAUGGCCUUUGGAUGAAGAAAACAUUUGGUGUAAAUGAAUACAGACACUGGAUAAAAGAGGAACUGGACAAAAUUGUGGACUAUGAAUUGAAAACUGGUGGUGUUUUGCUGCAUCCAACAUUUACUGGAGUGAAAGAGAAAGAAACCCCAGCACCCCACUUGCACUUUUCAAUUCGACAUCCACAUACAUUGUCCUGGAAGUAUUACAAGAUGUUUCAGUGCAAAGCCCACCUUGUAAUGAGACUCAUUGAAAAUAGGAUCAGCAUGGAAUUCAUGCUACAGGUCUUCAACAAACUGUUAAGUUUGGCCAGUACCGCCUCUUCACAGAAGUUCCAAUCACAUAUGUGGAGCCAGAUGCUGCUUUCAACAACUGGAUUCUUAAAAUCAAUUUCAAAUGUGUCUGGAAAAGAUAUUCAACCUCUAAUAAAGCAAUGGGUUGACCAGAGCAGUGUGGUGAAGUUUUUCGGCAGCUUUGCGUUUAACAGGAAAAGGAACAUCUUGGAACUGGAACUGAAGCAAGAUUACACUUCUUUGGGAACUCAAAAAUAUGUGGGACCUUUAAAAAUUACCGUACAAGAAUUAGAUGGGUCAUUUAACCACACUCUGCAAAUUGAAGAGAACAGCCUCAAGCAUGAUAUUCCUUGCCAUUCUAAGAGCAGACGAAAUAAGAAAAAAAAGAUCCCACUGUUGAAUGGGGAGGAAGUGGACAUGGAUCUUUCUGCAAUGGAUGCUGAUUCUCCAUUACUGUGGAUAAGGAUUGACCCAGAUAUGUCUGUUUUGAGAAAGGUGGAAUUUGAGCAGGCUGAUUUCAUGUGGCAAUACCAGCUUCGUUACGAAAGAGAUGUGGUUGCGCAAGAAGAAUCAAUUCAUGCUCUAGAAAAGUUUCCCACACCAGCAUCUCGACUAGCACUAACAGAUAUCCUGGAACAAGAACAGUGCUUUUAUAAAGUACGAAUGCAUGCCUGCUUCAGGCUAGCAAAGAUUGCAAAUGCCAUGGUGAACACUUGGACAGGUCCUCCAGCCAUGAAGUCGCUCUAUACCCGCAUGUUUUGCUGCAAAAGUUGUUCAAAUAUUGUUAAGACCAACAAUUUCAUGAACUUCCAGAGCUACUUUUUACAGAAGACCAUGCCUGUUGCUAUGGCAUUGCAGCGGGAUAUCCAUAACCAGUGUCCCAAAGAAGUGUUGGCCUUUAUUUUGGACUUAAUUAAAUAUAACGACAACAGAAAGAACAAGUUUUCGGACAACUACUAUCGUGCUGAACUUAUUGAUGCACUUUCAAACUCAGUGACGCCUGCAAUUAGCAUCAAUAAUGAAGUUCGAACAUUGGAUAAUCUCAAUCCUGAUGUACGAUUGAUUUUGGAGGAGAUUACCAGAUUUUUAAAUAUGGAGAAGUUGCUACCAAGUUAUAGAAACACAAUAACUGUCAGUUGCCUGAAAGCUAUACGUAUACUUCAGAAGAAUGGCCAUAUUCCCAGUGAUCCAUCACUUUUUAAAUCAUAUGCAGAUUAUGGGCACUUUGUUGAUGUUCGCAUUGCAGCUCUGGAAGCAGUUGUGGAUUAUACGCAAGUGGACAGGAGCACAGAUGAAUUGCAGUGGCUGUUAGAUCUGGUCCAGAAUGAUGGUGUACCCUACAUAAGACAUAAAAUUUUGAAUAUGCUCAAUAAAAAUCCCCCUUUCACCAAGAAUGCAGACUCAUCCAUGUGCAUCGAGGCAUUGGUGGACCAGCUCUGGAAACUAAUGAACUCAGGAACCUCCCACGACUGGAGACUUCGCUGUGAUGCCGUGGACGUGUACCAUACUUUGUUUGGCCUCAGCCGACCUUCUUGCCUUCCUCUGCCUGAGUUGGGUCUAGUUCUCAACUUAAAGGAAAAGAAAACUGUACUGAAUCCUAUAAUCAUUCCUGAGAUAGGAAUAAGUGGACAAGAGCCCUUGGGCAGUGCAAACGUGCAUGGAAUAAUACCUGCCUUCCAGAUUAAAGAAGAGGAGCACCUUGUCAAGGACGCUGUAUCCGCUGCAUUUGGGAUUCAGGGUGUUAAGAGAAAAGCAGAGACUCCACUUGGUUCCCCACUGGAACCUGGCCAAGUUCUGGAAAAAGAUGAAGAUAACAGCAAAGUUAAGCUUAAAAUCAAAUUUUCUAAUUCUCAAGAGGAUGAAGAGAUUGACAUGGACUCAGUUCAUGAUAGUCAGGCUUUUAUUUAUCAUCAAUUGAACAUACUUGAACGACCGUCUACUCCAGGAAAAGAAACUCCAGCUAUAGAAACUGGCAUGAUUUCCAUGCCAGCCACUCCGGUUCCUUCACUUGGCAAAGAAUCCAGUUCGGCGAAACAUGGGGAACACCAUCAUCAUCAUCAUCAUGAACACAAGAAAAAGAAGAAAAAGCAUAAACACAAGCAUAAGCACAAGCACAAACAUGAUGGGAAAGAUAAAGAAAAAGACAUGUUUACUUUUGUAAACAGCCCAGCUAGUGGACGGUCGCUUAACUCUCCUUCAUUUUCAGACUAAAUGAAAGGGCGAACUGUCCAAGCAGCCCUACAAACUAGCAAGAAUAAAGAACCAAAACGUUUGUGCCCACUUUUCCUACAAAUUGUAUUGUAUUAGGUAAUCUACAUGUACAAACUUUGUUUAAUUGAUCUAAAUUCCGGUUACUCCAAACUUACUACCCUUGUUUGUUGCAAACUGUUCAAAAUCAACCUCCUUUGCACUCCACCCCUAUCAUUGCAUUUCUAUGUCCACACAACUAUUCUUUAUUAGCAUUUGAAUUAAGCGGGUCCAGCGAGUACACCGAACUCUGCUAUACAUUGCACUCUCUGGCUGCUUUUUGUCCUGCACAGAUUUGUUGGGGCAAUGUUGUUCAUUGGAAAGUGAACAUUAUUGGUAUUGAAACAAAAGCUCAAGCCAAAAAUUAUUUAGCAAGAGUAGUGCUCAAGCUUGUGUGUGACAAUAAAUGGAAUGCCUCGGAACAUCGUUGGAGCAGUAAAUAAGAGAUGGUAGCAGCUUUGAGAGUAAUGAGAGGAGAAAAUAAUUCUGAUGGAUCCUUGUUAUAUUGGAUUUUCUUGAAAAGCAAUGAAACCCAGUUGUGGAAUGAAUGGAAUAAAUGGGAUUCGCUUUUAUGGUCUAUUCAAAAUAAUGAAGUGAACGCACUUUUUAAAUUUCUUCUCUAUUUAAAAAAUUGUCCCUAAAUUGCUGUCAACCGUUGCUGUUUUUCAUAGGUAUUUGUGAUAUUUCAUUCACUGAUGAUGGUGCUGAUUCAUUUACCUGCAUCCAAGAACUUGUGGGUCAUGUUAUUUAAAAAAAGAUAAUGAUUGUUUGUAUUUCAUAUAAUCUGAUUUUAUACAAAAGCUAUAGGGUCCAUAUGUUUAUAUAAUUAAAGAUUUUGUCUUCAGUGAUUUUGUUUGUUGUGAGUGCAACAAAUGAGGAAAUGAAAUUAUUUUCGUCAUUGGCUAAAUGUCUUUUUCUUCUGAUUGCAUCAUUGCCUUUUUAUUUUCUCUCUUAAAUAUAAUAUUAUUUUUAAUAUUUGUGAAAAAUAUUGUACACGCCUACUAUUCAGAUUUCAUAAUUUCUAAUCUUGUUCCUCAAAGACUCCCACAGUUCAGUAAAUAACUUCAUAAUAUCACAGCAAAAGUAAUUUUCCCACAAAUCUUGUUUUUCACUAGCCCCACCCCCUCCCCAUUGUUUUAAAAUAAAAUUUCUACUUUUUUUUAAAAGUAUAAAUGGCACAAUUCUAAGUGUGAUAAGUUGAAUAUUGAAUUCAAGAAGCCAUCUCAAAUGUUAAUCAUCAAUUGAACUUGUAGUUUCUGAACAGUUGAGCGACAUAGCUUAAACCUGCCAUUGAAAAAAAUGUGAAUUUCGUAUGUUUUCUGAAUCCCAGCAGGUAUUAGGGAGAUGUUGGAGAUGAUCCAUGUGAAUUCGAUACUUGCGCUUGUUACCAUAUAAUAUGGCUAUCAUAAUGUCAUUUAUUUGACAACAGGAUCCAAAUUAAACACUUUUAAUGUUUGUGAGACCAGAUAAUAAUGUAAUUUAGUAAAGCAAAGUUUGCUUGAAUAAUUUCUACAUGUUUUGUAUAGCCCUCUGCUAAUUUAUGUUUGAUUUGUUGAGUGGUGUAGUUUAUUAUCUUAGCACCAAAGAUAUCUGCUUAGACUUAAGUGAAUGAGGAACUAAAAUUUUAAGCUGUUUUAUGCUUAACAAUAUAUGUAACUUUGUAAAUAUGUCCUUAUGCAGUGGGAAUUAUUAAUAAACCACAAGAUUACAUUCU